CAUAAAUAUACCGGUAUUGUCAUCGGAGGUUCGCAGUUUUUUCCUCCUACCAUCAAUGAUCCGAGGAAGGCGAGAACUCAUUGCUACAUCGCCUUCUUUCUCAUUGAGUAUUCAGACCUCCCGGCAUCAUGCGUCUAACUCUCCUCAACUUACUGGUCGUUUGCUGCGCCGCGCAAGACUUUCCUGCGCCAGCACAAACAAUCCAAGAACGGGCCGACAAGACCGCGACAGUUACCAUCUCAUCUCCAGAUGCCACGAUCCUGGGGAAAGUAGCCAACGGCGUUGAAUCGUUCAACGGCAUCCCUUUCGCGGAAGCCCCUACCGGACAGCUCAGGCUGAGACCACCUAAGCGAGUAGAAAACUCCUUAGGCGAAUUCGACGGGACUCGGCUUGCGCGAGCAUGUCCACAGAUGCUUUUGUCAAGCGAAAACAAGAAUUUUCUUUUCAAAAUUGCUGGCGACCUCUCCAACCACCCCUUCUUCCAAACCGUAACGGGCCAGUCCGAAGACUGUUUGAGCAUCACCAUCACGCGCCCAGAGGGCACAAGCCAAGAUGCAAAGUUGCCCGUUUUGUUCUGGAUCUACGGAGGCGGGUUUCAGUUUGGAUGGUCAUCUAUGUAUGAUGGCACAGGUCUCAUUAAGCACGGUCUCGACAUGCGGAAACCAUUUAUCUUCGUUGCCAUCAACUACCGAACCUCCGGUUUCGGCUUCAUGCCCGGAAAGGAAGUCCUCGCCGAUGGAGCUUCCAAUCUCGGUUUACUCGAUCAACGGAUGGCCUUGGAGUGGGUCGCUGAUAAUAUCGAAGCCUUUGGUGGCGAUCCAAGUUUGGUGACCUUAUGGGGCGAGUCAGCCGGAGCCAUAUCUAUCCUGAAUCAGAUGGCUCUUUACGAUGGAGAUAAUACCUACAAUGGCAAGCCACUUUUCCGCGGGGCAAUUAUGAACUCAGGAAGCAUAGUCCCCGCCGACCCCGUUGACUGUCCUAAAGGGCAGGAAGUCUACGAUAAGGUUGUUAAAGAGGCCGGCUGCAGUGGUGAGGAGGAUACUCUCAACUGUCUUCGUGAGGUUGACUAUUCGACUUUCCUCAAGGCUGUUACCUCAGUACCCGCUUUCCUAUCAUACAAUUCCGUGGCUCUCUCCUAUCUUCCUCGGCCUGACGGGAAGGUCCUCACUGAAAGUCCGGAAAUCCUUGUUGGGAGCAAGAAAUACGCAGCGGUGCCCAUGAUCAUUGGCGACCAAGAAGACGAGGGCACACUACUCGCUAUUUUCCAGCCUAACUUGACUACCACGGAGGAUCUUGUCCGCUAUCUGAAAGACCUUCACUUUCACGGCGCGAGCGAAGCUCAGCUUACCGAGCUUGUCAAGACAUAUGACGAAGGUAUAUCCGCGGUGGUCAACGGCAGCCCCUUCCGCACUGGGCCAUUGAACGAAGUGUUCCCAGGUUUCAAGCGCCGAGCAGCGCUGCUAGGGGACAUUGUCUUUACCCUAUCACGAAGAGCGUUUCUAACGCUAGCGAAUCUCGCGAAUCCCACAACUCCAUCAUGGUCAUAUCUCGCUACCUACAACUUCGGGACGCCCAUUCUCGGUACCUUUCACGCAUCGGAUAUCAUACAAGUCUUUUUCGGAAUCUUGCCCAAUUAUGCCAGCCGCAGUAUCCGCACCUAUUACAUCAACUUUCUCUACGACCUGGAUCCAAAUAGUGGUAUCAAUGGGAAGUACCCGAAUUGGCCGCAGUGGGACCAAGGCCAGAAGCUUAUGAACUUUGAGGCGAAUCGAGCUAGCCUGAUAAAUGACGAUUUCAGGAAGUAUAGCUACGAGUUUCUUCUUCAGAAUGCACAAAGCUUGUAUGUCUAAAGGAUGGGAUGCGUCGUCACCUGGCCUUGCGGAUGUAGAAGCCAGAUAGGAGUGUCUUCGAAGGUAGUUGAUUGGUAAAACGUUCUGGUUAUCUUGUUGCGCAGUUUUGUCUCUUCUUCUUCUUCUCCUCAUAUUUUUUACUUAGAAUCACG